CUGCUUCUCUGAUCUAAUGAUAGAAUCCGAGAAGUGAAGCGAGGCAGAGUCGAGGUCGUCUCGCACAUACAUCUCCGUUCCUUUUACAUUGAUUGUGCCAAACUGUUCAGGGAUUUGAAUAUAGUAGCUCCGUGAGCGCGUGAAUAGUUCCAACACCAAAUCCCUCACUCUCCGAGAGUCCGAGUCAUUCUCACCCUCCUCCACGCCUAUUCAUCAUGCCCGCACACCUCACAACCCGCCCAGAAUACUCCCUCCUAAUCGACAAAUACGACACAUGGAUGUUCGACUGCGACGGUGUAUUAUGGCACGGCGAUCGGUUGAUCGAAGGCGCUGUAGAGGUUUUAGAUAUCCUUCGGAAGCGAGGAAAGCGAGUCCUUUUCGUCACCAAUAACGCUAGCAAAUCGAGGAAGAGCUAUAAAACCAAGUUUGAUCUCUUAGGCGUGGAAGCAAAUGUGGAGGAGAUAUACGGAUCAGCAUAUGCUUCUGCUGUUUACAUAUCCUCGGUCAUGAAACUUCCAAAGGAUAAAAAGGUGUAUGUAAUCGGGAUGGCAGGUAUCGAGGAGGAGCUGAAGGAAGAAGGCGUUUCUUUCAUUGGUGGCACGGAUCCAGCAGACUGCACCCUCAGCCCAUUCUUUCUCUCAUCUUUCACCCUCGACCCUGAUGUCCAAGCUGUCCUCUGCGGUCUAGACCUCAGCGUAAACUAUACGAAGAUAUCAAAAGCAUUCCAAUACCUCACACGAAACCCCGGCUGUCAAUUCCUAGUCACUAACGAAGACAGCACAUUCCCAAGCGCCGAUGGUCUCUUGCCUGGAGCAGGAGCUAUCAGCGCUCCAUUACGCUUUGCACUGGAGAAAGAUCCGAUAAGCAUCGGGAAACCUGCGAAGACGAUGUUGGAUUGUAUCCAGGCCAAGGUGAAAUUCGAUCCGGAACGCACGAUAAUGGUUGGGGAUCGGUUGAAUACUGAUAUUCUAUUCGGACAAGCUGGGGGCCUGGCAACGCUCCUGGUCCUGACUGGUAUCACUUCGAAGCAAGAUAUCACUGGCCCAAACGCUUCACCAAUAGUACCCGACUACGUCACCCAGUCUAUCGGAGACCUUCGUGUUGUUGAUGGACAAUAGGUCUAGUCUUUCUCAUACAUACCCGCGUAGAAGGGGCUGGUCCCACGAGGAAUAUCUAUAUCUAGAACACGAUUUGAAUAGAAGAAGCUGGAUUUGGAUUUGGAAUCAGCGCCUCAGGUGGUCUUCUGUUUCUCUGAUCGUCACAUGCUGAUGUUCUCUUCACUCGCUAGCCACUCGAGUAUGCUGACGGAAAAUCUGAGAGAGAGCUGACUAUAUAGCUAGCGACUCUUCGGAAGAGAGGCGUUGGUGGCCAGGCCUAAGCAUCAUGAGCACCAGCCUCAACAGAUGAUAGAUAGAACCUGGCCUGUUGUGGUUGUUCUCAGUCCCGUGAGAUGAAGAGAGCGCCCAGGAGUACCGUGACAGCUGGAUAAAUCAAAAAUCUUUCCAUCGGAUUUCGCAGGGCAUAUCGUCGGGCAAAAGCUGUGAGUCGAGAAAAUUUACGAACGUUCAGUACAUGAACGGG